AUGUCGACUGCUGAGCCGGCACCUGAUGAUGAUCGCUGGCUUUACGGCGAUGAACCGGAAGAUGAUUCUGUUCCGGGCGAGAACGAUAUACCGUUACCGGAAGCUCCUCCUGAACCCGAUCCGGCCAGAAUCGAGCCAUCUUUACCAGAACCCAUAGAAGAUCCACAUUUUGAUGGAUCCCCUGAACCCUCGGAACCGGUUCCCGAAGCAAGUGCGGAUGAGGGAGAUGGCGACGAACCGCUACCGAAACAAACUGACGCCGAUGAUGCCGCUCCUGAAGAUGAUGCUGAAAAAGAACCGUUCGAAGAAGACGUCGAAAAGGAGCCGUUCGAGGAACCGGCAGAGGAAGAAGGGAAAGCCACUGAAGAGAAGGAAGGAGAUUCCGAUUCAGACUCCUCGGACGAUAAUGUCAACAUUACCAUUGGAGAGAACAAAUCUGCGGCAGGAGCUGCCGGAUACAGUUAUGGUCUUGGAGGACUUCUGCACGGGAAACGCGUUGGCAUCGGAAGCCACAUAGCAAUUGGAAAAUCGGCUAGUGCAAUUCCUGUAGCUGAAAUCGAAGGACCCGGUUUCAUCAAUGGGAAGCCGGCUUAUGAGUACACCUGGGAUAAUGCGGAAGAAUACCCGUGGCGUAAACCAGGAGCUGACAUUACAGAUUAUUUCAAUUACGGAUUUACCGAGGAGAGCUGGAGAGCGUAUUGCGAUCGUCAACGCAGACUUCGGGUUGAAUCCGGAGCGUUGUCUUUUAAGCAAGGACAUGCGAUACACGCCUUUGCACUGCAGCCAAAUCUGAACCCUCAGUCCCGACACAGAGAUCACCAUCGUGAUCGUGUCGAAUCCAACGGACCAUCGUUCUCCGGUCCAGCACCGAAAAAGACCAUUGACGUGAUCGGAGGUUCUUCCGGUACUUCUCGGCGUAGCUUGGAGAUGGACGAAUCGAAAGCUAUUCAGGUUUUGGAGUCAUUAAAGGAAGAUAUGAAGUACGAGCCGGAUGAUUUUCGCAUGCUUGAUAUGUCAAUGCCGCCCCCAGAUAUGUCUAGACCUCCUCCCGUAUUUCCUGGUGUUCCUCCACCGGGAAUGCCUCCGCCGAGAGGACCUCCGAGAAUGGAUUUCGACUAUCCAUUACCGCCGCCCGGGUUUCAAAAGCUUCACUAG